GCAGGGACGACACUGAACAGCCGAGAUAGCAGGAGUGAACAUGAACUGAAGGCAUGAAAUAUCACAUGACUGAACAAGUCGGAGCUUUGUCCUCCUGUACUUAACAGAAUUCAAUUAAAUUGUGAUUAUGAGUGUAUGUGUGUGUGUUUGUGUGUGUGUCUGUUUAGAAGGAAACCAAGCAUGAAAAUGCGUGUGUGUGUGUGUGUGUUUGUGUAGUAGGCUACCAUCAGAAUGCACUUCCCUGGUCUAGAGGGCGUUGCAUCACUUGACAGAUAUAUAGUACGGAGAUUUAAUGUGCAAGACAGAGUUGGCAGACAGCGCUUAAAGAAAGACAAAUUCCUGCCUUUGAGCAACCAACAGAACAGUUUCUCACGUAACUACAUGCAUGGCGGGCACCAGUUUUGAGGCCGAGUUCCUACAGGUGCACAAUGCCUACCGCAAACAGCACGGAGCUCCGCCCCUCACCUUUAACAAAAACCUGUGCCGCUCCGCACAGCAGUGGGCGGAGCAUCUGCUUUCAACCAAAACACUCGCACACAGCAACAAGGGCUACGGAGAAAAUUUGUAUUAUGCUUGGAGUUCAGCUAACAAAAAACUCACAGGAAAUGAGGCAGUGGACAGCUGGUACGGUGAAAUUAAAGACUACAACUUCAGUAGGCCAGGAUUUAGCUCCAAAACAGGUCACUUCACACAGGUGGUGUGGAAGGACACAAAAGAGUUGGGAGUUGGACUGGCCACUGAUGGGAACACAAUUUUUGUCGUGGGUCAGUACCUUCCCGCUGGAAACAUCGCAAAUGCAGGUUAUUUUGAAAAAAAUGUCCUGCCGACUGGCUCUAAACUAGAUCAAAAGCCCACUGGUGCAACUCACAAAGGGGAACAAGCUCAUGGUUCAUCAGGCAUUCAUUCAAACAAAGUGCCCUCAGUGCCUCACAUUGCUGAAAAACCAACACCAGAGGGCAAAGCAGACAGCAGUUUUGAGGCAGAGUUCUUGCAGACCCACAAUGCAUAUCGCAAACAUCAUGGAGCUCCACCCCUUACCAUAAACAUAAACCUGAGCCGCUCUGCACAAAAGUGGGCAGAGCAUUUGCUGUCAACCAGGACCCUCAUGCACAGCAACGGAGACUAUGGAGAAAAUGUGUAUUACGCUUACAGCUCGGCUAACAAAAAACUCACAGGACGUGAGGCAGUGGAAAGCUGGUACAAUGAAAUUAAAGAGUACAACUUCAGCAGGCCUGGAUUCACCUCUAAAACAGGUCACUUCACACAGGUGGUGUGGAAGGACUCAAAAGAGUUGGGAGUUGGACUAGCCACUGAUGGAAGCACAAGUUUUGUGGUGGGACAGUACCUUCCAGGAGGUAACAUCACAAAUGCAGGUUAUUUUGAGAGAAAUGUCCUACCGGGGGGCUCCAAAGUAGACCUCAAAGCCACCCCAACUGUGGACAAAGUUGGACAAGCUCUUGGUGCCCUUAGCAUUACGUCCAACCUGUUGCCUUCAUCAUCUCACAGUGUUGGACCAGCACCACCGAAGACUCAUUCUUCACAGAGCAGCCACUCAGAGAGUGAGAGCUUGUUCCAGUUUCGUCAGUCUCUCCUUAAAGCUGUAAAUGAUUACAGACGACAACAUGGGGCAAAACCUCUCUCUCUGUGCCCUGUCCUCAGUAAAGAGGCUCAGGAUUGGGCAGCACAUUUAGCCAGCAUUGGUGCCCUACAGAACAGCAGAAAAGGUUACGGAGAGACUUUGUCUUACAAAUGGACAUCCAGUAUGGUUCCUCCAACAGGAAAAGAGGUUGCUGAAAACUGGUACAAGGAUAAUGGGAAGUACAACUUUGCCAUUCCUGGAUUUCAGAAAGGAACUGGUAACUUUACCCAGAUGAUCUGGAGGUCUUCAGAGCAAGUUGGUGUUGGUUUGGGAUCAGAUGGAAAGGGCAUGUUCAUUACUGUGGCCUUCUACAACCCUUCUGGAAACAUCACCAACCCUGGCUUCUUCCAGGAUAAUGUCAGACCUUCUGGGAGGUGACCUGCUGAAUAAGAAAGAUUAAGAAAAUCUUGCAUCUUGUUUUACUUGCUGGUGUAUACAUUUUUUAAAGGCAUUUAUCUCAGGUUUAGUGUUUGCAUAGUUACUGCACUUUGCCUUUGUAGGGGAGAAUAUGGCAAUAUAUUCAUACAGUAUGUUUGUCAUCUAAAUAUAUAUCAUAAACAUGUCAUCUAAAUAUAUAUCAUAAACAUAAACAUCAGUUCACAAAUUUUAGCUGCACCGUUGAAUGUAAAUGCUUUUUUAAAGGUUCUGGUGUAGAUAAAUGAAUAUUAUUUGCUUAGGUGGUUUUCUUUCCUUUACCGUAAUAAGCAAUCACAUGCACCUGCUAUUGAUUUGCAUGAGUGGUUUUAUUGAGAAGUGACUUAAAAUGUAUAGAAAGAUGAGGUGAUAAAUCAUAAUGAAACAUUAAAAUGGAUUUUGCAUAUUAUAUAUGUUUAAAUAUGUUGCUUUAAUAAAAAUGUUUGUAAAAUUCAAGUAAUUUCUGCAGUUCGACAGAUAUUAAACUCUGAAACUUUUCACUAAACAGUGCUAAUAGAGACUAGAAGCAAAAGGGAAGAUAAAUUAUAUUUUAAAGCAUCUGUGUUACUGUACAACAAACCUGAAAAUAGGAAUCAAGGGAGAAAAACAAGAUUUUUAAAGCAUUUCCCUAAAUUAUCAUGAAAUAUAUUGUAAAUUCAAUCUGUAAAGCAGUAUGAAAAUGAAGAAUGGAUAAAUGCACAGAACAUCUUGUCAGUACAAAAAAACUUUGCGAUGUAUUGCUGCUGAAAGUUAUUUGACCUCUUUCCUACACAGAGAGACUUGUACUUUGACUUCUCAUUUAAUAAUUUUUAUCCUGUAAAGACUGUAUAUUCUGUCUUCCUUCCCAAAACCUCACAUAAAACAUUGUACAUUUUAUUUUAAUCUGUUUGAUUUAUUAGCUGUUUUCCUAAAAAACAAACAAACCUAUAUGUGAUGAAUACAAAGUAUCCCCUGCCACACACAUGCACACAGACCCUCAUAGAUUGCAUUCUUAUACGCAAAUGUUCAUCAACAUAUGCAUCUAGAUGUGCACAUCUAUCUUGCACAGCACCAGAGAGCUUGGGUGGGAAUGCGAAAUUGAAUUGACAAGGUGUCAUGUUGCAUCAGCCUUUCAUCACAUUGUGUUGCUGGAGACACAUGAGAUGCUCUGAUCUUCAUUUAUACAUGCCCUCUUUCACGAAAUACACAGGCUGAAUAAAACAAAGGUCAAACACUUGAUCAGCUAAAAUCCACAGACCUUUACUGUGGUGGGGGUCUAGUUUCACAUUGGACAAAAAGGAAAAACCUUAUUAAAAUGUAAAUAUUACUUUAUCAAUAAUAGUCUUUAGAAUAAAACAUUUCAAACAAAACACAUGAAUGCUGCAUUAUAAAACAGGAAUAUGCACAAUAUUGACCAGCAUUCAAGGUUUUUUUACACUUAUGCAUUUUUUAAUACAAUUCUACUUGAAUGUGUUGUGUUUUGUCUGGUUAAACUGAAAAAUAAAAUUAUUUUAUGUAGUUUAAAAUUAUUACUAUUGCUUCUAUCAAAAGUACUUUAGUCAUAGACAAGGCAUCCCAUUUUGUUGUCUUUAAUGUUUCUCUGCUGUGUUUCAUAAUAAAUAUUUCUGUGUCAAGAGUUCCAAGUAUAUUGUACUGUCAACUUUUGUAUGGUAAUGCUAGUCAUAAUUUCAACACCAGGCAUGCAUUAAAAGGAAAUUUUUUGCCUCCCAUUUCAAAAACUGAUGCAAAGCAACGGACUGUAAUGUAUAGAGGAAUGAAAACAAGGAAUGAAUUGCCAUCAGACAUUACAUGCUUUGUAACAAAUAAAAUGAGGUUUAAAAAUC